AUGAUGGAUGCCACAACCAUUCCAGUGUCCCCAUCAUUCUUUGCCACGAUUGCUGCUGCACUACGAAUUGAUGCUACCAAUGUUGAGCACUCAAUGGAUUCUAGGUCGGAACUUGACUCCCACGCCAAUAUGAUUGUUGUUGGAUCCAAUUGUUUUGUUCUGAGUGACACUGGGCGGACUGCUUCUGUCAAUCCCUACAAUCCUGAAUAUGCUGCAAAGAGUAUCCCAAUCGUUGAUGCUGCCCUACUGUAUGAGGAUCAGGUCACUGGGCAGGAAUAUAUACUUGUGAUCCGAAAUGCUCUACAUGUACCCUCUAUGACCCACAACCUGAUUCCUCCAUUUAUUCUGCGAGAAAAAGGAAUCCAAGUGAACGAUACGCCAAAGAUCCAUUUGGCCGAUCCCUCUUCUGAUGAUCAUGCAAUCAAGUUUGACGAGCAUCUACGCAUCCCAAUGAAGCUGCAUGGUACCUUCUCUUACUUUGUCACGAGAAAACCUACAGUCGAACAGCUCAAUGAUGCUGAUCCUAAUCACGUCUACAUGAUGACACCAGAGGAGUUUGAUCCGCACAAGUCUUCCUAUGCGCAGACUGAAGAUCAUCUUGUCAAUUAUGAUGGUGAAGUUGCUGAUGCUCGGAACCGUUCCAAGCUUUUGAUUUCAGAUAUUGAAGAUGAUCCAACGAUGACUGUGUGUGCAAUGUCGACUAUGAGAUUGGAAGAACAGACCCUUGUUGAUGAGUCCGUUCUAGAGGAGGAUGAUGCUGAUGAAGGCCUUUUGGGACAACCUUUCAAUGUCGACCUUGCCUCUAUCUCAAGUAUUUUAUGUGAGCGCACACUGAGUCACCGUCUCUCCACUCGCCGUGAAGUUUCGUCUAUGAUGACGUCAUUGGGAUCAACACACGCCCAUGAAGAUGACACUGAUUUUCUGUUUGAGGACAUGAACAGUGAACUGGACUUUGAAGAGAUGUUGAGUGGAGAUGAUUUAUUCACCAAGAUUGCAGCUAUGGCUGACAGGAAGCAAGUUGAUCUUGAUGAAGUAAUGGCCUCUGCAACGUACGCCAAACCGUCAAAGGGAGUCCAAGCUGCUCACCUUGCGAAAAUAUGGAAAUUAGAUCUCCCGACGGCAGAACGAACCUUGCAAGCAACCACACAAAAGCGACGCCAUACUGACAACCCAAAGAUGGCCCGCAACUAUGGUACAAAUGAUCGAAUGCUACGAUACAAGAGGAUUAAUCAAUACUUCUUCAUGGACACAUUCUUUGCUGCUAAGAAUGGUGGUCGAUCUACCAGAGGCAACACUUGUUGCCAGCUCUUUGUGACUGAUAAGGGCUAUGUGUAUGUUGUGCCUAUGCGCAGCAAGAAAGAUGUGCUUUCAGCGGUGAAACAAUUUGCGAAAGAAGUUGGAGCUCCUGACGCGAUUAUCUGUGACGCUGCUGGUGAACAAACAUCUAAAGAGCUCAGAGAAUUUAUGCACAGCAUUGGGACCACACUUCGCGUCCUAGAGCAGGGAACCCCGUGGUCAAACCGUGCUGAACUCUAUGUUGGACUGAUAAAGGCGGCAGUCCGUCGUGAUAUGCGGACCUCCAACUGCCCCUUGGUUCUCUGGGAUUAUUGUCUUGAACGUCGUGCAACCAUCAACAACCUAACUGCAAAGAAUCUCUUCCAACUGCAUGGAAAGGUUCCGGAGGAAACUAUCACUGGCCAGGCUGGCGAUAUCUCCAAUGUUGCUCAGUUUGAUUAUUAUGAAUGGUGCUAUGCGAUGGACAACGAGGCUGGCUUCCCCUCAAAUAAGGAAGUACUUGGACGUUGCCUUGGGCCUGCAACAGGCGAGGGCAACAAAAUGUGUCAAUGGGUUUUGAAACCGAAUGGUAAAGUUGUCUCACGACGAACAGUUCGCCCUCUCACCUCUGGAGAGCUUCAUUCUGACAUGGAACUCAAGAAGCGCGAUGCUUUUGACAAGUUAAUUGAAGCCCGCUUUGGCAACACACUUGGUCGUCAACGAAAGAAUGUACCUCUUCCAGAGGAGGAGGAGGAAGAUGAGUGGGCUACCUACCAAGAUGACGAUGAAUUUUCAAAACCAAUACCUGACAAUGAAGACUAUGUUGACAUUCAUGGACGUCUCAUCAAUCAGCAGCCGGUGUAUGAUCUGCUCCUAAAUGCUGAAAUCAAGAUGCACACGGAUGGUGAACGAAUUUCCAUUGGAAAAGUCAAACAACGAGUCACAACUCCUGAAGGAAAACAGAUGGGAACCUACGAUCCCAAUCCAGCGCUGAAUACCAUCAUGUAUGAGGUUGAAUUCGACGAUGGAACGGUCAGGGAUUAUGGAGCAACUACCAUUGCUGAAAACCUUCUUACGCAGGUGGAUGACGAUGGUUACUCGAACACGAUGUUCAAAGC